UAAUGUGUUAAAAUUACACAUAAUGUGUUAAAAUUACACAUAAUGUGUUAAAAGCUUAACGCACAAAGAUGUGUAAAAAAUUAACACAUCCUUUCUAAGAGUGUGUAUAAUUUUAUAUUGAGGUUAUAAUAUAGAUAAGUAAACAUUUAUAUAGUAAAUUUUAAAAGUAAAUAUGUAUAAUACAUAUAUUAAGGCAAUGCAGGCUAUAUACAGAUUUUUUUAAAGUCAAUUUAAGAAGACACUGAAAUGUUUGUUGUUGCUGCUGGCAAGCCACUGACUGAAUACGGGAUUGAUCAGACAAUAAAACAUUAACCUAGACGAUAUGUGGGCUCUUGUUUGUUCAGGCUAACUACACCAUUAUUAAAAGUUUCUUCUUACAUUAAAGUUUAUCUGUAUCUACUACUCAAGUGCACUGAAAUGAUUUUCUCACCCUCACUUUGGCUAGAGUAGUGUGCAGCGACUCAAGGGAAAGUUGGGGCAUGUUCAGAGACGAGAUAAAAAACUUCCAGCCGGGAAAGGAAAAGUAAAAAAAAAACAACAGUGUGCGGGCGAUGAACAGUUUAGCACACAUAGUAGGGAAGCACACACGUGGAUGGAGGUUUUCACGUUACUUCUUCAAACGAAGACGCUCUCCAAUGGAAAGUAACGCGACGGAAGAUCUCAUGUUGUAACAGGGCAUGGAUUUAAGUAACCCAUAUUUUCCUAUUGGUUUGGUUGCCUCACAGGAGUGCUGGUAAUGGUGUUGAGCAUGGUUGCCUCUCAGAUGUCCCAUGUUCACACUAAACCAUUGGAUUUUGUGUGCAAUAUGGAUGCCAGAAGAGUAAUGAACAAGGUGAAGGACUUUGAAGAGAAAAUGGUAGACUGCAGCACUGUAGCAUCUCUACCUUCUUCUAUUCAAUUACCAUGCAUUAGGAUUCACAAAGCAACCUGGGAGAAAAAAUCAGUGCAUGAGCGGAGGGCUGAGAUCCUGCUGUCUUUGGGGACUCUAGCACAGGACGUGCACACUGCCAGGACACUAAGCCAACCUGGCUGUGGGCUUACUCUGCUGGAGCGCUUGGAACAUAGUAUCAACAACUACCUGCAUAUAUUGAAACUACUCCACAAUGAGCAGGGGGAGCUAGUACAGCCCCAGGCAAAUAGCUGUCUGGGUCAGGACUCUAAGGAUUUGGGUCUGGUCUUGAAGCACUUUGGACGUCUGCUCACAGGCAAGCUGGAAUGGCUCAUUGCAGAGAUGGCAAAGGGGUGCUAGACUGAAAAACUGACUUCUAAUCUCGGCCUUUGUUCAACCUUGUAUAAUGGGACCAGACAGGCCCAAUCAAUUUUAACAAUGGCUCACCUACAAAGAAAAUGGAGGGCCAUGCACUUUGCAGGAGACCACCAACUGUGUUACAAGAAGAAAGUACAUGACGUGUAAAUGGCAACACUGCGCCAUCUACUGGGUCAUAGAUAAACUACGAGCAUUGAGUGACUGACACACCUGUUGAGAUGCACCUUCUGAACUUUUGAAACAGAAAGUAUUUGGUGAAGUGAUAUUUUAUAUUUCAGAUGAUAUUUAUUUAUCUUACAGAUAAAUCCAGAGCAUUUGUGCAUAUAGUAUAUUUUGUAUACACUUAUCAUUACGAUGCAAGAUUUUUAUUGCCAUGUGUAAGCUGUGCAUUGGAACAUUGAUGCAUUUACACAAAAUACACAAUGUAAUAUUUAAGAAACUAUUUAAAUGACUAAAAAUAAUUUUAGAUAUAUUUUGCCUAUUACUUUUUUAUUGUUACAGCAGUUUCGCAAAAAUCUAUCAUUUGUAAAAGUUUGAAAAAUGUACAUAUAUAAAUAUUUAAGUAUAUUUUCAUUUAAUUA